UUCAUCCUCCAUAAAUAAGUUUGUUAAACACUUCCAAUUCCGUUAAACAAUUUUCUUUUUUUCUUUUCUUUCUGUUUUUUUUUUUUUUCAUACGUAAUUUGUUAGAAUUGAUCUUUUUCUUUCCCACCAAUAAUUUUCCCUAGAAAAUAUUUUCUUGUCCAAGAAAACUCGAAGAGAAAAAAAAAGCAAUAAAAAAAUUAUGGGUACCCAGUCGCCAAAUUUAGAGUGCCGAAUGUACGAGGCAAAGUACCCGGAGGUGGACAUGGUGGUGAUGGUUCAGGUCAAUGCCAUCGCAGACGACAUGAGUGCCUACGUGUCACUCCUGGAGUACAACAACAUUGAGGGCUUGAUCCUGAACACGGAGCUCUCACGACGUCGUAUUCGAAGCGUGAAUAGCGUCCUCAAGGUUGGCCGAAUCGAGCCCAUGAUGGUCCUCAGGGUGGAAUCCGACAAGGGUUAUGUCGAUUUGAGCAAACGGAGAGUCUCAGAGGAUGAUAUUCAGGCCUGUAAUGAGAGGUACAACAAGAGCAAGCUUGUUCACUCCAUCAUGCGCCACGUGGCCGAGACGAUGAGCAUCGAUUUGGAGGACUUGUACGUUCAUGUUGGGUGGCCUUUAUACAGGAGAUAUGGCCAUGCAUUGGAGGCUUUCAAAAUAAUUGUAACUGAUCCUGAUUCAGUUCUUAAUUCUCUCACACGUGAAGUGAAGAAAACUGGCCCUGAUAGACAGAAGGUGACUAGGGUGGUUCCUGAGAUUUCAGAGGGUAUGAAAGAUGCUCUAAUAAAGAAUAUUAGAAGACGAAUGACCCCACAGCCUCUGAAAAUUAGGGCAGAUAUCGAAAUGAAAUGUUUCCAGUUUGAUGGCGUGCUUCACAUCAAGGAUGCCAUGCGGAAAGCAGAAGCUGCAGGCAACAAUGAUUGUCCUGUCAAAAUUAAACUAGUUGCUGCUCCACUUUAUGUUAUGACCACUCAGACUCUUGACAAGGAACAAGGAAUUGCAGUUCUAAAUGAAGCAAUAGUAGCCUGCAAGCAAGCAAUAGAGCAACACAAGGGGAAACUUGUUGUAAAGGAAGCGCCUAGAACAGUGAGUGAACGGGAUGAUAAAUUACUAGCCGAUCACAUGGAUAAGCUACGGCUUGCUAAUGAAGAAGUCGGUGCUGAUGAGGAUAGUGAGGAAGAAGAAGAAGAAGAAGACACGGGAAUGGGAGAAAUUGAUGUGGAGAACGCUGGUUUUGGGAUUAGAGAGUGAAAAUGUGGCAGAGAUUUGGAUAAUUGUUUGUGGAACAAUUUUUGUUUGAUUUUUCAACCAUUAUAUAAAACCAAACACACGGUACUACGUAGCUGAGGAAAUUUUUUGCAAAUAUAAUUUUAGCGGUUUUUGAGGGUGCAUGGCAUAACUCCAUUUAUGUGCUCUGCUUUUGUGAGAGCGGCUGCUUAUACCAUUUUUUUAAUUUUUAUUUA